AUAAUUGUUCGGAUUGUAUUUGGCACGACUGAUAUUGUUGGGGUUGAAAUUGGCAUUUUCCCUCUAAAACACCAACAAAAUUAAACGUAUAUGUUUGUAGCGCGUAAAGACCAACAUGUUUUAUAGAAAUGUUGUAAUUACAGAUUUUGUGUUUUUUUUUUUUGUCUUUUCUUUGUCGUAACCAAUUGGUGAUGAUCAUGCAUCAAAUCUUUCUGAUAUUUUAAUCAUGUUGGACUACUUUAUAUAUAUACUUUAGAAAUUGGAUACUCCACGUUUUCAAUGGAUUAGUUUAGUAUACAAACUAAUGGACAACGGGGUUUUAACUCUUUCUUGUGUAGUUUAACUCUUUUACUUUCUUCAUCAUAUCAUAUUAAGUGACGAGUUAUAAAGAUUUGUUGUAUCAUAUGUUAGAUGAUGUUUUCAAGUUUAAAACAUUGGUUAAUUUUAGUUAUUUGCACAAUUAUAUGAUACCUUCUAUUUUAUUAUUGGGUCCAUUGUGAUUCCGUAAACAACAAUGAUGUUUUGAAUUUUAAAAACUAAAAAGUAAAUGAUUUCAUGAUAUGAAGGAAUAUAUAUAUGAACUAUUGGUGAAAUAUAGUUGUAUCAACAUCGAUCACAUAUAUUAUUCGUUCAUCCAGCACAACCAGCAUAUUCUCCAAAAAAUCAAGCGAAAUACAACUAUACAAGCAUACUAUUUUUAUCCUCAUGGUACACAAACCGAGCAUAAUCUUUUUAUCUAGAUCCACUCCGAGCCGGGUCAGAUGGUACGGGUUGACCCGUUUACCCAUAAGGAAUAAAUGGUCACAAAAGUCAACAAAAAGGUUGGCGGUAGGAGGAAGGGGUUUCAACUGUAAAUUCACAAAAAGCGUUGACGAACCACAAAAUAACACGGUGAACAGUCACUAUCUUAUGCCUCCACACUUCCACUUGCUUGGCAAUGAUGUGACGUACGUGGCACCACGCUUUGCACACCUCAUCUCCACUUCCACCAUCGCCAUUUACUGUGACACGUGUUCUCAUCUCCUUGGUUUGCGUCUGAAUCUUUUUCAUCUCCGCAGACAUUUUUCCACCAGUAAUUAGGAAAAGUUGAAAGUAAACGUAUAAAUUGAUAAGAGAUUUGAGAGAAGUAAACAUCAGUUUGGAUAAACUCAACAAAACACUCGCUUGUCGUUUCUUUAUAAAUACAUACCACGGACACAACACGAACCUGGUAACACAGAGAUUAUUAAGAUUACUUCUUAAAUAAAAUAAAAACAAAGCUUUGACAAAGGAUAAGAGUAAGAGAGAGAUGAGUUGUGUAGUUCGUCUUGUUGUGAUUCUUCUCUUGACGCUUACAGUUACAUCUUCAGCUCGUAGUUCUGUCACCGUUUCAGGUAUUGGGAUGAUUGGAACUGAAAGGAGGUCGUUGAUGGUGAGUGUUGAGGAUUACGGUGACCCGUCUGCAAAUCCAAAACACAAUCCCGGCGUUCCUCCGGCAACGACCGCCCAACGCAGCCCCAGCAGAGGCUGACCUAACGUUAGUAAAACCCACAUGGGAAGAAGAAAUGAAAUUCUCAGUUUUACAUGUUCAGUUUUAUCUGAGAUGAAACCAAACUCUCAGUUUCUACAAAUUUCUCCAAUCUGUAUAUUUGAUAUAUACGUUUCUCCUAAUUUCUAAUAUCUUUUGUUUCCUUUA